AACUGUAAAGUCACUAUCUCGCUCGCUGAUGAAGCCGCCACCCCCUAUUUUUCCACAACUCACAACUUUUCUCAUGUAUCUAGAUCUACCCAAAUUAACCUAAUAUAUACAUUUCAUAUGUAACUUUUUAUUACCUUAUUUUAAUUUAAUUACAUCAUAUUUGUACGUAUUAUUAAUUAGUACGUUUUUAUUGACUGAAAUCUGCCUAUAUAUAUCCCUUGGAAAUUUUCUGUUCGUUUUUACACGAGUACAUCUUCAUGUUCACAGCCGUUGAAAGUUGCCCUAGCUAGUUUCAAUUAUUAUUAUUAUUCCAUUUCUGCAUAUACUGAGAUAAUUAAUUUAGGAUUAUUUGUAUUGAUAUAUGGAGAAUAAUCAUCCAAUAUUGCUUUCUCUGGAUUCAUCUACUAAUUAUCGAAACACGAUGGUGAGUAGUACUAAUUCAUACUACAACAACGGAUACUUGGAUGGAUUUACGAGCUUUAAGAGGGAUACCCCUUAUACUGCAGCUAUGGAAAAUGAUGAUGAUCAGAAGAAAUCAUCACCAUCAGUACUUGGGAUUAAUACCGAUCAGAAGAAAAAGGGUACCGGUGGUGAAAAGAAAAUUAGGAACCCCAGAUUUGCUUUCAAAACAAGAAGCCAAGUCGAUAUACUUGACGAUGGUUAUCGAUGGAGAAAGUACGGUCAAAAGGCAGUCAAGAACAACACAUUCCCUAGAAGUUACUAUCGAUGUACUCAUCAGGGAUGCAAUGUGAAGAAGCAAGUGCAGCGGCUAUCUAGAGACGAUGCCAUUGUGGUCACAACCUACGAAGGAAAGCACACACAUCCUGUGCAAAAAACCACCGACAACUUCGAACAAAUUCUCAAUCAGAUGCAGAUUUAUCUUCCAACAAAUUAAACUGAUGAUAAUACAAUGUAUUUUAUUUUAUUAUUUCAUAUAUAGUCUGGAUUAGAUUUGUAUGUGGCGUGUAAUAACUGAAUGAAUUUCAGUUGUACAGAUGCAAGCGCAGCUUAGGAACUCCAUUAAUUAAUUUUCGCUAUACUUGAUAAAAUGUACCAAAAGAAAUUAUGUCGUGUUAACUUCUGUUUUCGAACAUUCAACCGUGGCUGUAAAACCUGAAAAUACUUCAGUUAGGUUUUGUGCUGUCAAGUCACUUCUUUGUUGGAUGCUAAGGAUUAGAUAAUGAUGGGCCCUGUUCACAGAA